CCCACCCCGAUCCCGGUAUCCGGGUCCUCCCCAUCCCGGCCAUGGUCCCCCCGCGGGGCGGGGCCUGAACCGAUCCCGUUCCCCCCCCCUGGAGCCGCGAUGGGAACGUCCGUGGGCUGAACCCCAGGCCCCGUGGCGACGCCCAGGAGGGACCAGGAUGGAGCCUUGAGAGGAGGCGCCGCGGGGCGCGGGAUGGCGAAGCUCCUGGUUCCGCUGGUGGUGCUGGGGGCGGUGGCCGGGGCCCCCCCCCCCCGCUGCCCCCCCCGCUGCCUGUGCCCCGCGGCGGCCCCGAGCCCCACGCUGCUGUGCGCGCGCACGGGGCUGCUGGCGGUGCCGCCGCUGCUGGACCGCGGAGCCGUCGAGUUGCGCUUGGCCGACAACUUCAUCGGCGCCGUCGGUCGCGCCGACUUCGCCAACAUGAGCAGCCUCGUGCACCUGACCCUGUCCCGCAACGGCCUCCGGCGCCUGGCGCCCGGCGCCUUCGCCGACCUCCGCGCCCUCCGCGCGCUGCACCUGGACGGCAACCGGCUGCCGGCGCUGAGCGGGGCCCAGCUCCGCGGCCUGGCCAACCUGCGCCACCUCAUCCUGGCCAACAACCAGCUGGCCGCCAUCGAGCCCGCCGCCUUCGCCGCCUUCGCCGCCACCGUGGAGGACCUGGACCUGUCGCACAACAACCUGCCGGCGCUGCCGUGGGACGCGGUGGCCGCCAUGGCCAGCCUGGCCACGCUCACGCUGGACCACAACCUGCUGGAGCGCGUGCCCGCCGGCACCGUGGCGCGCCUGCCGCGGUUAACCCGCCUGGACCUGACCGCCAACCGGCUCCGCGCGCUGCCGCCGGUGCCGGGCCCGCCGGGCCCCAUGUUGGCGGCGGGGGGGAACCCACUGCACUGCAACUGCGAGCUCCUGUGGCUGCGGCGCUUGGCGCAACCGGAGCGCCUGGAGAGCUGCGCGUCGCCGGCGCCGCUGGCCGGGCGCCUGCUGUGGGCAGUGCCCGAGGAGGAGCUGACCUGCCGCGCUCCCUCCAUCGCCGGCGCGGCCGCGCACCCGCCCGCGGUCAUCGAGGGGCAACCGCUGCGGUUGGAGUGCGCGGCCAACGGGGACCCGGCUCCGGCGCUGCACUGGCUGGGGCCCGACGGGCGCUUGGUGCAGAACGGCUCUCGCCGCGCCGUGGGCCUGGACGGCGCCUUGGAGCUGCGCGUGGCCACGCUCGACGACCACGGCGCCUUCACCUGCGUGGCCUCCAACGCGGCGGGCGAGGCCGCGGCUCGCGUGGCCGUGGCGGUGCUGCCGCUGCCGGUGCCUCACGGCGAUGCCGGUGACGCCGGAGCCGCCGGCGCCUCGGACAUGGCGCGGGCCGGGGCCAACGAGACGCGGGCGCCGGGCGAGCGGCGCGUGGUGGCGGCCGAGGUGACGGCGGCGUCGGCGCGCAUCCGGUGGCUGCCGCAGCGCCACGUGCCCGGCGUCCGCGUCUUCCAGAUCCAGUACAACAGCUCCGGGGAUGAGGCUCCUGUCUACAGGCUCCUGCCCCCCUCCAGCCGCAGCUUCACCCUCCGUGACCUGGCUGCAGGCCGCGAGUACGAGCUCUGCGUGGCCGCGCUCCAGGGCUCGGCCCCGACGGGAGGAGGGGGGGGGGGGGGUCCCUCUCCGCCCCUCACCCAGCCUCUGGGCUGCGUCCGCUUCAGCACCGCCCCCUCGGGCUCCAUGUCCCCCCCGGGCUGCUCGGCCCCGGCUCGGCCUCACUUCCUCGGGGGCACCGUCAUCAUCGUCAUCGGCGCCGCCAUCGCCGCCUCGGUCCUGCUCUUCAUCCUCAUCCUCACCGCCCGCUACAAGGCGGCCGCUCGCCGAGGACCCCCCCUGGCCAGCGCGUGCUCGCAGACCAGCGGACCCCCCCCCCCCCCCACCCCGGACCCCCCCCCCCCGCUGCCCCUGGGCUCCGGUAGCCACAGCUUCCCCCGACGGGCCCGGACCCGGCGCCAUGGGUCCCUACCGAGGCUCGACCAGAGCGGGGGGGGGGGAGCGGCCGUGCUGCGGCCGAGCUUCGGCAGCACCCAUUGGAUGCUGGAGAGCACCGUCUGA